GCGCAGGUUGCCAUCCAGGCCGCUCCAGAGAUGCGGGAAUAUGAGUUAAUCAUUCUGUUCGGUGCCAUGUUCGGAAUGGUGUGGGCAGGUGACCCCGUGGUCGUCGCGACCAAGGUUAUCUUCGAGGAAUCCCACAGUGACCAGGACGGUUACCAUGAG